CGCGACAUCCAUGUUGGAGGAGUCUAUUUUUACCAACGUAAAAUUUCCAUGCCUAAAAUAGCACAUAACUGAAGAAAUUUUGCUGACAGAAUUUACUGGACAGUAAAAAUAGCAACGUAAGGAUAUUUAUACACAUCAGAUUACUAAUUUUUGGUUGUUAUUUUGUUGGGUUUAAUUGUGAAUCAAGUCUUGCAUCAAACAACAAACAGUCAUGGGUAGAAAGAAGAUUUCAAUCACACGCAUCAACGAUGAACGAAACAGACAGGUGACGUUUACAAAGAGGAAGUUUGGUUUAAUGAAGAAGGCGUAUGAGUUGAGUGUGUUAUGUGACUGUGAGAUUGCACUGAUCAUCUUCACAACCAACAAUAAGCUGUACCAGUAUGCUAGCUCUGACAUGGACAAAGUUCUACUAAAAUAUACUGAGUAUAAUGACACUGUGGUUAGUCAGACAAACAAGGAUAUCAUUGAUAUGUUGAACAAGAAGGGAGAUAAGGCAGAAAUGGAUGACGAUGAUGAGGCUUAUACAUUAACACCAGGAACCGAAGCAAAGUUCAAGAAAAUUGAUGAAGAGUAUGCUAGAGUCCUAACUGGAGGAGGAGGUUCUUCAGUCACUGUGUAUGGAAAUGUUCAGCCUCAAGCAAACACAAGUGUCAUGCCAGUGUCUGUACCUGUUCCUAACGUAGCAUACAGUUCAGCACAACAGUUCAGCACUCAGGGAGGCAACAUUGUUCUGAUUCCGUCAGCUGGUAACGCAGCUGCUCCUGGCUCAUCACACAGUCCAAAUAUUGUGAAUUUGAGCCCAGCCCAGACACAGAAUCGUGUAUCUGCUAGUCCACAGCCCCAGCCAAGCACUUCACCAGCACCAGUUGCACUGCAACAGUCAAGGGAGUCUACGGAUGACAGUCCAGGCGGAGGGAGAGGGAGGCCAAACUUAAGGGUGGUAAUACCAAAAGAGUCUCAUACACCACAGUUGCAGCAAAUGAAACAUCCAAGUACAGCCCUUGAAACUCCUGUUGUAUCUAUAGCAACUCCGAGUGGUGGGGGACUGCCAUCCAAUCUCCAGUCGGCUUUGCUACCAAGUGGAUUAAAUAUAAAUAGUGCAGACCUAGAAUCAUUAAUGCAACCGUUGCUCUCCCAGAUGAGUGUUGGACCACUGACAGCUGCAGUGCAGGCUGCGGGAGUAUUGACCAGUCAAGGUAUAGCAUUAACUCCAACCAGUUCCGGCCAGUUACAGUUCCCACUCAUCAACAUGUCACAACUGAAAGCCCACCUGGAUAGGAAUGUGAAACUUGAACCACCAGAAAAAGCUGAAGGCCAACAGGGGCUCACUCUAUCUACACAACCAAUCACAGUUUCUGUCCCUGCUCAGGCCUCUGCGGGAAUGCCUGUACCAAUCAUGUUAACAUCCACACAUGCAUCUUUAAAUCCAAGUGCCAAAGGAGAUUCUGGAAAUGUAGACCCUGAUGAGCCACCAGAAAAACGAGCUCGAAUGAGUCAAUCAGACACGUGAUAGAAACAUAAUCCAACUGUAUCAUAAGACAUUGUAUAUAAGUCACAUGUAGAAUAGACGAAAGUGAAAUAGACACUUACAACACACAGUGUGAUAACAUCAAUCCAUUUCAAUCAUUGUGAAAAUCUGUUGUUUGAGAUAUAUCGAGCAAUAUCUUGUAUCUUACGUAGAGUCGUUCCUUCAGGUCUAAAGUGUUUGUAAUACUGUAUAAGUAGAUUAUUUUAUGACUCCAAAAUGUUUGUGGUUUUUGAGGUGGGGAAUGAAAUACACAUCAUGGAUAAGAUAAUGCCAAAGGCUCUUUUAAUUUAGGGAAUUGAAAUUUGAUGUAUAAGUGUGGAGCUAUUUUUUGUCAUUUUUGUGAGGAAAUAUUUUAAGAUAAUUCACCUGUUUCAUUUAAAUGAUCAUUGAAUAUCAAAUUAAAAACAAUAGUGAUAUGCUCAUAAUAUUCUGUUUGAAUUUGAGCUGUUUUCUCACAUCUUUAUGAAACACAUACCAGUUUAUUGGGCUUAGUGAGGAUAUGUAUCAGUGAGAAAGUAAUUGAUAUUAAAUGUUAAUCACUAUUCAGCAAUAGCGUUCGGUAAUCUGUCAUUGCAUACCUUAUUGAUAACUUUUUUCUGCAAAUAUUUCCCCUUUCAAAAGGCUUUCUUUCAUAGUUGCAAGAAAAUUUUGUGGCACAAAAAUAUUCUUUUCUACAGUAUUACAUCUUGUUGAAGGUUUUAGCUAAGUUACUGAUCAUGGACUGUUUCAUCAGAUAUUUGAUAAUCAUUACAUGUUCAGUUUGCAUGUUUUACUUUACAAUCAAAUGUUUACAUAAACUGAUAAAGAGAAGGAAACAAGAUUUAAAAAAGAUGAAAGCAAUGCAGUACAGCAUUGUUACAAGCUGUUUAUUUGAGGAAAAGAUUUAUGAUGCAUUUUGUAAAUUGUUUGUUCUCAGAAACUACACUAUUGACUUUGUUAAUGGGCAACUCGAUUUAUAAUAAAUUUGUCGUUAUAAAGAUAACUCCUACAGAGAUAAAAUUUGAUAUUUGAAAAUUGAUGGUUACCUCCUCUUUAUAGUUAUGAGAUUUACAAUUCAUUCCAAAUUUGGAAAGAAGUGGUUUCUGACUAAAAUACUUUUGAUAAAGAAAAUUUAUACUUGUCUGACAAACAUUUUAUUUGAUUUUUAUAGUGAUCAUAUGGACUUUGAAAACCUGACUGAAUGGUAGGAUGAAUUGUUGGCUUAUAUUAUUUUGUAUACACAUAAAACAGUUCUGGCAGUACCUUAAGUCUAUUUGGGAUAAUAUAUAUAUAAAAAAAAGACCUGACAUUUCUUGGUUUAUGAAUGCAUGUUUGGAAAAAAUGUGAUCUGUAAAUAAGUUGUUUUGUAAUGUAGUGUUAGGAGAAAUAGUAAUAAAGGGUAAAAGUUGACAGUUAACAUAUUUUGAUCAUUAUAUGAUCCCUUCAUGGCAGGUUGUCUUUUGUUAAGAUAUAUGGACACAAAUAUAUCCUUCCUUUGUUAGAAUUUUUGACAAGGAUUUGUUCAUCGGUAGUAUUAAACACAUGAACAUUUUGUAAAGAACAUGACUGCAAAUUAUCCGCUUUUGUUAUUUCAUCUUAGAAAAAUUUGAUUUGAAAUGUACCUUUUGACUGUUCUUCCAAUAACAUAAUUAGAUUGAUAAAUUAUUCUGUUCAGUUUACCUAUUUUAGAGUUUGUCAGAAAAGUUCUAUUUUCUAGUUUUGUGUUGCUAUUGUCAGAGACUUAUUUAAGUGAACACCAUUUUGCUAUGAUGUGACUACUACAUUAUUUGUCAUCUUUCAUUUCUCAUUGUAUAUUCCAUAGUUGUGAUUAUAUGCAUAUUUAUGGAUCCAUGUCAUGAUCAUAUCACAUCUCAGAGAAUUCUCAUUUCAUAACAUGCAUGUACACUGUAUUUAAAACAUUUCACACUGGGCAAAAAGUAUUUGGCUUAAAACAGCUAGGAGUCCUGAAAUAUGUAUCAUAUCCAGUGUUUCUCAUUGUUUUAGUGGAUUUUUAGAUUGUCUAAUUUUUGAAUAAAAUCUGUAUAGUGUUGACCCAGUUGUUCCAAUUUUUAACAGGUGAUUAAGCCAAGACGAUUAACUUAUAGGGUUAUAUUUUGACAUUUUUAGCAGACUUAUUAUAAGACUGGAAAGUUAAAUCGAAACUUCAUAUUUGUGUUUGCCACAAAGACUGAUAUCAAAAUUUAACCAGUGGUUAGUUUAACAGUCGGUUAAAGUUUCGAACAACUGGGGCAAUGUUAUCACUUGAUCUUAAGGAUUUGUUAAGUUUUUUAGCUCAUCUGAUUUUUUGAAAAAAAAUGAUGAGUUAUUGUCAUCACUUGAGCGGUUGUCGGCGUCGGCGUUGCCUGGUUAAGUUUUAUGUUUAGGUCAGCUUUUCUCCUAAACUAUCAAAGCUAUUGCUUUGAAACUUGGAAUACUUGUUCACCAUCAUAAGCUGACCCUGUAUAGCAAGAAACAUAACUCCAUCUUGCUUUUUGCAAGAUUUAUGGCCCCUUUUGUACUUAGAAAAUAUCAGAUUUCUUGGUUAAGUUUUAUGUUUAGGUCAACUUUUCUCCUAAACUAUCAAAGCUAUUGCUUUGAAACUUGGAAUACUUGUUCACCAUCAUAAGCAGACCCUGUACAUCAAGAAACAUAAGUCCAUCUUGCUUUUUGCAAGAAUUAUUGCCCCUUUUGGACUUAGAAAAUCAGUUCUUGGUUAAGUUUUAUGUUUAGGUCAGCUUUUAUCCUAAACUAUCAAAGCUAUUGCUUUAAAACUUGCAACACUUGUUCACCAUCAUAAGCUGACCCUGUACAGCAAGAAACAUAACUCCAUCCUGCUUUUUGCAAUAAUUAUUGCCCCUUUUGGACUUAGAAAAUCAUUUUCUUGGUUGAGUAUUAUGUUUAAGGCAACUUUUCUCAUAAACUGUCAAAGCUAUUGCUUUGAAACUUGCAACAGUUUUUCACCAUCAUAAGCGGACACAUCAAGAAACAUAACUCUAUCCUGCUUUUUGCAAGAAUGAUGGCCCUUUUUAGACUUAGAAAAUCAUGGGUAGGACAAUAUUUCUAUUAUACAAAAAAAAUCAGAUGAGCGUAAGCAUCCGCAAGGCGGUGCUCUUGUUUUUAUUUAGGCCCACUUUUUUUUCUUAAGAACUUUGAGAUCUAUAGCUUUGGAACUGUGUACACUUGUUUGUCAUCAUUAGAUGAAUAAGAAGGCAAUGAACUGUAAUUCUGUCUUUCAUUUUGUCAGAGUUAUGGCCCUUUUUAAUUUAGAGUUAUUGUUACAUGGGUUAAAAACAAUUGUAACUCUUUUUUCUUGCAUUUGUUGGAAUUAUUGUCCUUUUAACCUAAUAAAAACGUUAUUUCUUGGUUAAGAUUUUUAUACCCCCAAAGGGAGGCAUAUUAGUUUUCAACUGUCCGUCCGUUCGUCACCGUUAACUAUUUGCAUGAAUGCAACGUUACCUUUUUGCAUGAAGGCACUUUACUCGCGAACCACUGCACCCAGGACCUUCAAACUUCACAUGCUGAUAGUACUUAUUGAGUACACGACCCCUACUGACUUUGGGGUCACCAGGUCAAAGGUCAAGGCGCUGCGGGGGGCAUUUGUCACCAUUAGUGACAGCUGUUGUUGUUUGAUGCUGCUUUCUUAAAGCUGUAAGAACUAUAUAGCAUUGAAUCUGUAUAUACCUGUUAAUCAUCAGUAGAUAAGUAAGCCAAGAACCACAACUUUUGAAUGCAUUUUCAUCCAAAUAAUAGCCCUUUUAUUGGAUGGUAAAUUGAUAUAUCUUGGUUAAUUCUUUUGUUUAGUUACUUUUUACUUGACUUCUAUAAGAGCUAUAGCUUUGAAACUUUGUACAUUUGUUUACCAUUAGUAGAUGUGUAAGAAGGCCAACACAAUAACUCCUUUUAUUAAAUGUCUAACACUUGCAGACAAGGGUUGGAAUCCAAAGGUUGUGCUCUUGUUAGAUCUUUUCUGAAAUUUGUCAUUUUAGUUCUGUAUCAGGUGGUCAGUGGCUAGUACAGUGCAUUUUGUAAUGAAGAACUCAGCUUCUAUAUUGUGAUGUUAAUUUGAAGCACGAAAUAUAGAUAUCAAAAAAACACUAUGCUAGAAAUUCAAAGCUUACACGUCAGUUUACAGUUUCAAAGUGUCAUUAAAAGAAAGCUUGCAUCAUUUUUAUCUGCUGCAAAUACUUAGAAUGUUGUCUAACUCUCUGUUAAGUAUAAAAGCAAUGGUUGUAGAGAAAAGCAAGAAUAGCAUACUGUAAUUAUAUUCCUCCUUGUAAAGUACUUUUUACCAGAAAAUAUGAAGUAUAUAGUUUGAUUAUGCUUUCAUAUCUCCAUGAUAAUGUUUCAAGUUCACUUAAAAAGCAGAAAAAUUUAUCAGCAAGAAAUAAAAAUGUUCAUUUAGUUCAGAGAGCCAUAUUUUUUUUAAGUCUUUUUAGUACUAUUAAAUCAUUUAAUUUCACGGGCAAGAAUUUUCAUGGUUUUGGCCAGAAUGGUCAUUUCAUUGGGAAAUGAAUUCUUGGAGAUAAAAUGGAUGGAAAUUUGUAUAAAAUAUUUCAGAAAAUUGUGUUAUACAAAAUCUGCAUUUCAUAUGGCACAAAAGCAUUCAGUACUACAUAAAAAUAAAAUAACAUUUUGAAUAGGGUUAAUAUUGGAUUUACUUUCUUGUAAUGUGGCUAGAAAGAUUUGCAUUUCAGGUCAUACUGUAGAUAUAUGAUUUUUUUAAUCCCAUCUUCUUAUGAGAAACAUGAAUUUAGUGACGGAUGCCUUCAAUGAAGGUUUUAUAAACUGUAGAAUUCAGUCUGCCUUGUCAGUAUUUGAGCCGCGCCAUAUGAAAACCAACAUAGUGGGUUUGCGACCAGCAUGGAUUCAGACCAGCCUGCGCAUCCGCGCAGUCAGGUCAGGAUCCAUGCUGUUUGCUUUCAUAGUCUAUUGCAAUUAAAGAAACUGUUAGCAAACAGGAUGCGCAGGCUGGUCUGGAUUCAUGCUGGUCGCAAACCCACUAUGUUGGUUUUCUCAUGGCACGGCUCAUUUUAUUUUAUACAUUUUCUAUGCGUGAGUAAUUGUGUAAAAAAAAAAAACAGAAUACUUCCAGUCAUUCAUGUUGCUUUGCUGUUCAUAUCUGAUCUUAUUCGUGCCAUGAUCUUUUGUAAAAAUACCUGGUAUCAUGUUAGCAGAGGGUUAUUGUAGCAUUCUUGAAAACAAUACUACCAUUAUGAGUCUAUGUAAUAUUUCUUUAUCAUGUAUCCAAUGCAUCUUUCAUCUUCUUGUUUUGUUAAUUAUUCAUUGUAAAGUUUUGUCAGAAACCAUUUAAUUUUGUGGUUUUAACCACUGUUGCUAUUUUAUGAGGACAUAAAAUUGUCGGAUUCAAAAUUUAAGUACAAAAUUAAAGGGUUUUUAUUUUUGUUGGAAUUUAUUUCUUGUAUUGACUCAACCUUGAAAUCCACUAAAAUUAGUUGCCCACAACUAGUAAUGGUUUUACAGUAUGUAAACACGAAUAAUAACAUGCAGUUCUACGAUGGAUGUAGUCUAUCUGCAGAGUUCCUUUCCCACUUGUUUGUUUUGCUUGGUUACCUCACAAAAUUGGAGAAACUUGGAUAUCAUAAAUAAAAAUUGUAUUAGAAGAAAAUUAAGUUCCUGUUUUUGCAUUUUAUCUCAUGUUGCUUGUACAAUGUACAGUUGAAAAUAGGUAUCUUCAUUUCCAAGGGAUCGAGUGUUAGUUCGAGAUAACCGAAAUUCAACUUUAGAUGAUAUUUUGUGCUCAAGGUUUCGGGCUUGGAAAUAUCUUCGAGAUGGCCAGAAUUUGAGAUAAGCGAGUUCGAGUUUCAGCUGUAUUUACAACCUGUGAAUAAAGACCACCUGCCUAUCAUGUUUUUUACUCUCACAUUGGUGAUCUUUGAAGUGGGCUUUGACUGUAGUUCUACUUGAGGCAACAUAAAACUUAUUCAGAAGUACUGUACAUUACUGUAAGCAAACAGGUAUCUGUUUCAAAUGAAAAUGGUGGAAAAUUUCAUUAAAAUGAUAAAACUUAAUCUCAGUACAGGACAUUAAUUUUAGUGUGUAAUGAUAUCUAUGGAAAAUUCUGUACAGUAAAAGCUAGGGAACAGAAAGAUAGAAAUGAAGUAGUACAUCAUGCAUUUGUUGCAUCUUUGACAGACCAGUUCAUUUAGAAGAAUCUAUAACAUGCAAGCUAGAAUUAAGUCGACUGAAGAUUCUUCUAAAGGAAUCCAAGUUUGUUUCCUGAAUCUUGUCCAAUGUUUUGAAUAACUUUGUUAACUAUUUUUUAUAGUUAAUGUUUGACAUAUGAAUUUGUUGUUUUCCAGGAUGAAAAUCCUGACUUUUACCAUGUUUUUACUUGUAUUACCUUUUCAUUGAUGCACAAUUUUAUGUCUUUACAUCAGAAUUUCAUCAAAUUUUAUAUAAAUAAAUGAAUAUUUUAGAAA